CAUGAGUAUCACUUUCCAAUAUGGCGACUGGACAUUUGUCAAGUGGACGAGUUAACGUUGGACUUCUCCGAGAAUGCAGCCGCAGAGAUUUACUAAUGUGUCUAGAUAAGCAUCCUGGGAGCAAGGCUAUAGUAUGGGAUGACAAAUUAACUGGACCAUUUGGUUUGAUAGCUGAAUAUCAGCUUCUUAAGGAACAUGAAGUCGAAAAAAUGUUUCAAUUACGACCUGGACGACUGCCGCCAAGCCAAGUCGUCAAUAUUAUUUUCAUAACUCGACCUAUAACAUCACAAAUGGACAYCAUUGCCGAAAAUAUUUUAAAAGAGGAAGAGAAAGGUAGCAAGAAAGAUUACCACAUCAUGUUUGUUCCUAGAAAAAAUAUUUUGUGUGAGAGAAGAUUACAGGAACUUGGUGUUUUAUUUGCAAAUAUUGAGGAAUACCCAUUAGAGCUUAUACCACUUGACAAUGAUGUAUUGUCCUUGGAAAUGGAKUCUUGCUUUAAGGAGUGUUUCAUUGAAAAUGAUUUCACAUCACUUUACUAUGUUGCCAAUUCACUAAUGAGUUUGCAGCUUAUCUAUGGAACCAUACCAAAGAUAUACAGUAAAGGCGACAUGGCCAAGCGUGUUCUUGAUAUGGUUAUGAGAAAGAAGAGAGAAACGGCUGAUACACCAAACCAACAACCUCCUCAGAUAGACACUGUCUUACUUAUUGAUCGGGCUGUGGAUUUACUGACYCCUCUCUUCACACAAUUGACUUAUGAAGGACUUAUUGACGAGCUUUACGAAAUACAUAACACAACCGCAAAGUUUCCCCCAGAAAAAUUUCCUGCACCAGAGGACAAAGGGCCAGGGACUUCUCAGCAGCCACCAGGUCCCAAAAAAGUCGUCUUGAACUCGGGAGAUGAAUUAUUCUCCGAUAUACGAGAUUUGAACUUCUCGGCUGUUGGGCUACAGCUGAGCAAGAAAGCAAAGCAAAUCAGUGCUGCUUUUGAGGAACAUAAGAGCGCYAAAACUGUCGGUGAAAUGAAACAAUAUGUACAAAAACUUCCUUACAUGCAAAAAGCAAAGGCUUCGCUCGCCAUACACAUGUCCAUUGCUGAGCUUAUCAAAGAAAAGACAGACGACGAAUAYCAUGAUGGGUUUCGUGAAGAUAUCMGGAUAGAGCAGGAGUUUGCGCAAGGCAUGGACACAGAUAAAGUCAGUCCAUACAUUGAAAAAUACAUCGCAUUAAAGAAACCACUKCAAAAGGUCUUACGUCUAAUGUGUAUGCAGUGUCUCUGUAAUAAUGGUUUUAAGCCCAAAGUACUCGAAUACUACUUCCGAGAGAUACUACAGACAUAUGGCUACGAACACAUGUAUCGAACUCUAACUCCUCUCCAGACUGCCGGUCUUCUCAGACCACAGGGAGCCCGCACAUACACCGCUAUGAGAAAAUCAAUCAAACUUUUUGUUGAAGACGUUCGCGAACAGAAACCUGACGAUAUYGCUUACGUGUACUCGGGCUACGCACCGUUAAGUGUUCGUUUAGCACAAUUCUUAUCAAGACCGCAGGGCUGGAGAGGUCUUGAAGAGGUUCUACGAUUAUUACCAGGACCGACAUUGGAAGAAAGGCAGCCGUUGCCUCCAGGACUACAAAAACGGUCCUCUGGUGUCAAUGAUAAUAAUGUUGGUAAUCCAAAAGUCACUCUGGUGUAUUUUAUUGGUGGAUGUACUUACGCUGAAAUUUCCGCAUUACGCUUCCUCUCUCAACUAGAAAAUAGUCCUACUGACUUCAUUGUUGCUACAACAAAAAUAAUAACCGGAACGUCGUGGAUCGAUUCGAUGAUGGAAAGUGUUCCAAACCUAGACGCAUCAAAUCCAUUUAGCUAGAUAGGUCAUUAAGAUAGCGAAGCAAUGUGAAGUAGAAAGUAUUCAUUUCUAAAAAAAAGACCUCAUUUAUCUUCAUCUCUUUUAAUUUUCGAACAAAUUUGGCUUAGUGAAAACACUGCAUACGGCUGUAAAGUACCAUAGUUUUGUGGCAAACGGAUAAACAGAUUUUAUGGCAAAUAACCCAUUUUUCAUAGGAUAGCUAUGAAUUCAUACAAAUAUCAAAUAUUUCAUUUCAAUAGUGGUCCAAAGGGCACUCUUGACCAAAAUAAAAAUAAUAAAUGCAAUUU